GAUGGUAUGUAGAUACAAUUUACUUUCGUACAUAACAUGGGGGACUAAUUGAUAUAAAAGGGCAACGUGUCUGUGUUUUAGAGGAUCAAGAUUUAGUUUAACCAAUAUGGUUCACAAUAAUAUAGGAGGUAAUCCAGCAGGUAGAGAAGUGUUAAAUUUCACGUAUCAUGAUGCUAGCACUAGUACUGCUGCUUCUCAAGAACAUCAUGGCCAUGUGAUCAGAGAACAAGAUCUACUGCUACCAAUAGCUAAUGUAGGCCGUAUCAUGAAGCAAAUCCUCCCACCAAAUGCAAAGAUCUCUAAAGAAGCUAAAGAAACCAUGCAAGAAUGUGUUUCAGAGUUCAUUAGCUUUGUGACAGGAGAAGCUUCGGAUCAUUGUCGCAAAGAGAAGAGAAAGACUGUCAACGGAGACGAUGUUAGUUGGGCGAUGAUGAAUCUAGGGUUUGAUGAUUAUGCAGAACCAUUAAAGAGGUAUUUGCAUAAGAUUAGGGAGCUCGAUGGUGAAAGGGCCAACCAAAAAGGGGCUAGCAGCAGUAGUAAUGAAGAGAAAGAUCAUCUUCGUCAUGCUCAUCAAGAAACUUCAUCUAAUUACAGAUCUACAGGUAAUCAAGUUCCUCAAAAAGCUACUGUAUCCUCAUCACCGAAUCUUUUCAAAUUCAGCGUUAUCGAUAAACGAAAUAGAUUUUAGGGUUCAUGCUGCUACUUUUAUGGUUGGAAAAUUUAGGCGUUUUUAGAUGGAUUUAAAUACUUGUAUGAUAGAUGAUAUGACACAAACUUACGGUUAUCUCAACUGCGAAUAAGCAAACAAAGAAACCGAAGAGAACGUACAUGGAUUUGGAAGCUUUAGUUGAUCUUCAGUUUGCUAUAUAUGUCUUUCUAUAUCAAUUUACAUCAACAGUUAGAAAAUGGCUCCCCAUAAAAGAUAAUAACAAAAUUCCAUCUCAUGGUGUGCCUUAAUUUGUGGAUCCUGGGGUUUUUGUACCGUAUAAUUGCUAGUGUAUUCUAUGAACA